GAAAGGCGAAGGUCGAAAUAUGUGCAAACACAGCCGUACAGGAUGUCCACACAAAGUCAAUUACGAUGCUAGAAGAAAGAUGAUGAUUCCGAGCGCAAGACUGACGGGCGUAUCUCUCCUAGAAAGAUACCCAACGUACACCAUGGGAUCAAUCGAAGGAGAGGCUUUCUCCUGGAUCACGGUCCGCCGGUGGUACCCUGCCCGCGAGUUCUCCGUCGUCUCCUGGAGGGGAUAUCUAUAUAGCCUGUCCUGCUCGGGAGAGCCCGUUCAAACUGCUCGUGUUACUAAGACCGCACGUAUAUCACCGUGUCGAGGCACCGCGCGCCCGUAGACGCACGUUGACGCGCCAAGCUCGCGGAGCAAAACGGCUCGACGGCUGGAAGUGACGGGGGAGAAUCCGACGGGGCCUAAUCACGAUAAGAUCGGACUGCGACGGGAGGACAUGUGCCAGUGGUGCGAUGUGAGCGAGUGCAGGGGCGCGGUCAGUAAACAAAAGCGAUAAUCGCCGAGUGAAGUUCGCAGAAAGAGAGAAAGGGAGGAAGAGCGAGGAGAAAGGAGAAGCGGAGAAGAACGAGCCAGUAGGUCGAGGGUGGCGUUGCGGCGACCCAGUGCGGAAGUACAGCCGCCCUGCACAAUGAUUGUGCGGCGGUGCCUCACGCCGACCGCGGUAUUCAUCGCCCUAACGUUGUUAGGCGGAUUCGACGGAAGCGCGGCCGAACGAUGGUCGCGGCAGGUCUCCAACAGCGAGUGGAUCCCGCUGGCUAAUCCGCAGAGAGCCGGCCAGCUACCGCAGGAGGAUGCGAGAGGCGGGCUCUUGACCAGCGCCACGCAUCUGCCGAAUCCGAUACAAUCGCUCGCUUUACCGCCCGCCCUUCAGCAUCAAUACCAGGAACAGCUGAUUCAGUUGCAAAAGACGCAGGAGAGCAUUCAAAAGCUCCUUCUGCUGCAGCAACAGCUCAGAGCCCAGCAGCAAAUUCUUCAGUCUCAGGCGUACGUGCCGUACAGCAGUGCCGAGGACGAGAAGCAAGCGCUACCGCCGAGCGCCGUGCAAGCGCCGGAGACUCUGAUCCCGCCGCAUCCGUCAUCAGACGCGCUUCCACCGGUCUAUCCGCCUCAGAAUUUCCUAUCUCAGAGACCGGGACUGGUCCAUCAGAAUCUGAACGAGGGCCAAGUUGUGCUGCAGCACGGCGAGAGCGCGGAGGACGCGCAAGAAAGACCGCCGCAUACGUACGUGCCGAAGCAAGGAAGUCAGAGACCCGACGGGAAACGUCUGAAGGGACACCAAGGCUUACCGCAAUCUUCUCUGAUCGGAAGCAAUGAAGAGGAGGAGGUUCAACUGGUGUACGUUCCGGCGGAAACGUUGGCGCAAAGAGGUCAGCUGAAGAGGAAUCGCGGAAGAAAGCCAUAUCCCGUUCGCCAGCAGCAACGAGAGAACAUCGAACAAGGGAACAUCGACCAGGCCUCGCUCUCGCCCGAGCAAGCGGCCUUCGCGCGGCAGGUGCUGCAGCAGAUUCAUAAGGACCACGAGGAUAAUGCGCAUUUCUUGAACGAGGAGCGCACGAGGGAAUUCACGAGAUUGAACGAGGAGCAGAAGGCGCUCGAGCGGAAGACGCGAUUGCAGCAGGAAGCGCUGCAGCGGGAGCAAGAACUGUUGCGCCAGAAGGAAGCUGAGAAGAAGCGCAAGGAGUUGGAAAGGCUGGAGGAGAUAGCGAAGCAGCGCGAGCUAGACCGAAUCCGCGAGACUAGAGAGAAGCAGAGGCAGGAGGAACUCGAGCGACGACGAGUCGCCGAGAUUCGCGUGAAGGAGGAGAAGCGCCGAGAGGAGGAGGCGCAACAGCGCGAGGAUAGGCAGAAGCAGCUCGAACUGGAGAGCCAGCAGAGAGAUCAGCUGCGGACCGUCAAUCACGGUCUGCUUCAGCAAAAUCCUCAGUCGCAAGCGCUGGUGCGCGAACAGCCGCAUCGCCAGCAUCUCGCGGACGGCACGAGGGCCAAGAAGAUCCGCAACAGGCCGCGCCAGCGAGUUAAUCAGGAACAAUCGGGCUACCACGACGUAGCCGCGACCACGCCGUCGCCGAAUCAGCCGCCGCUCUCCGUUUACAUGGGUGGUUCCAGCUCCAAGCUGGAGUCUGUCAAGGUCACCGAUGUUCUGCGACUUCUAAGAGAUGCGAAGACCAUCGCCGUCUUGGACAACGUCGGUCCGGAGUCGCCGCAGGUCUUCGUGGGUCCGUCAAAUCUCGACCCGCCGUACGGAUAUGCGAAAUUCGAUCUGCCGUAUCUGUCGUCGAUCGAUCACAACAGAGUGGAGCGUAAGGUCGACAAGCUGCCCUUCUUCGUGGCGCCGUUGAGCUUCGAUCCGCCGCCCGGUUACUCGAAGAUUCCAUUCCCGGCGCCGCAUAUCGGCUCCGUCGUCGUCAACACGCUGUCGGAGGUGUCGUCGGACAGCGCGCCGGUCGACGAGCAAAAUCCCAACCCGAUGCCGCUGAUCGAGCCAAAUUCUUACACCGACGCCGAUCAAAGCGGAUCGAUCGCCACCACCGCGUCGUACGAUUCAUCGAGCGCCUCGCCGAACUUCCGCGCGGAUUCCAACGGCCCGAAAUACGAGCCCUCUCACUCGACGCCGCCCACGGGCUCGAGAUUCAGAUUCAGACAAUACUACGACGGCAAGCCGGCGUCCGUAGUUAGCACGUCGUAUUAUGAACGCGAACAGUCGGCGAAGGCGAAGCCGAGCAAGUAUUACGAGCAGGAAUCCAAAUCGACCACUCCUCAGUCACCCAAGUUUGACACAACGGUUAGCUACAGACAAGAGGUUUCCUAUUCCAGCACACCGAGUUUCCAGGACGAAGCGGUGAGUUCGCACGAUCCAUCCGCGAAGGAGCAGGACUUGGCAGCUCAAUUAGCGCUCAUUAAUCAGGAGCUCGAGCAGCAGAGGGAGAGCCAGAGAUACAACACCGCCGAACAGUAUCACGGCCAGAGCAAUCUGGAAUCGUACGACGCCAAUGACGUCAGAGCGCCGGUUGGAUCGGCGCAAUAUAAUUUGCCAGCGGAAUUACCGCCAAUUUCGCCGCACCUGCCCGGCUUGAUAAACUCAUUGUUGGACAAGCAGGAGGGAAAUCUUCCGGUCGCCACGACGCCGCCCACGAUGACCACGACCUCGACGCCGGCAGCGACGACCGCUCGCUUGAAUUCCACGACUUACAGGCCGCGAACAAGAAGCAGAGUUGUACCCACGAGAUCCAGAACGACUCAGGCGCCGGCUAAUAAAACGGAUAGAGCUCGAAGACCAACGUACAACAGAUCCAAAUCCAGAUUCUCGACUACGACGGAGGAGUAUCACGAACCCUCUUACGAGCCAACGAAGGCGAGGGCGCCGGAAACCACGCAGAAGCCGAACGCGAUCGAACACAGGAGACCAACGUCUAGAACGCAAAAACUUAGAACUCGGGACAGAACGAGUUCUGCGGUUCAGAGUCACAACACUCAGCCGGGCGACUUGGAGAAUUAUCCGACGCAGAGCGACUCUCAGGGUAAUGUAUCUCCCGACGCGUACUCGCCGGCGAACGGACCCGCCUCUAAUCUCCAGCAGAAGGAAACUCCGUCGCCGGGAGUGAGCGAUUACACCCGGGAGAAUUAUUCGCCGACCACUGCCACGCAAACCGAAAAUUAUCCGCCGCUGCGCGAGUUUACGGUCCAGCAUGGCGUGCCCUUGGUAUCCGGCGAUUACUCCAGGAGUCAGAAUUAUCCGCAGAACCAGCCGCAGGAAGCGAACUACCGGCAAAGUGCGACGUACGAUCAGAACGGCGGCUUCGAGCAGGCGGCGCUCGAGAUGACCCCCGUGAACGGAUUCAAUUAUCAAAUCGCGAGUGUGAAUUCACCGGAUCACACGAGUCCCGAGAGACCGCGGUAUCAAAGCAAGCUGGAGGACGCCAAUUACAAUCUGGCCAGCACGGAGGACCCGCGAAUCCGGGAGGAACAUCGAUAUUCCCCGAUUUACGAGGUCAGCGUGGCGCAAACUCAGCCGGAUUACAACUCGUUCCGCAAUGUUGACGACGGCAAGAUCGAAAACGGGGCGACGGAGACCGAUCCGGGCGCGUCGCCGAUUUUCGUUCCGCUCCAGCAGAGCAAGCACGAGGAGUACGAGCUGCGGAUUCCCUCCACGGAGAGACCGCUCGUCGAAAUUAGCACGAAGAGCACGACCACCCCGGCGAAUUUAAUAAUACGUCAGCGAGUUCGAGGUCGAUUGAGCGGGAGUCGCCCUCAUCAAGACUCCGCGGUUCAGACGCGGCCCCGCGGCUCUCAGGACGAAUACGUGCGCUUCAGCGUCGUGAGUCACGAUUCCACUCGCACGAAUCAACGGCAGCGCGAUGGAACGAGGACGAGGCCGCGCGUGCGUCCGCAAAGUCACGGAUCGCAGGUGCAGACCGAGGGUAACGAAUACAUAAAGAUACACGCGGCGCAGCAGCAGAGGUUGAUCGCCACCACCACGCCGCCGACGACCACCAGCACCACGACCACCGAUCGCACGUCCAACGAAGACGUCGAUUACGGAUUUAUCAGACCGCCGAACUUCCAGCCGGUUAACUCGCCGCAAUCGGUGCAUCCGGUGGACAGCAGAUUCCAAACGCCCGUUACAUAUAGACCGGCUUUGUCCGAGAUACAGCACAUAAUCCCCAACGACGAGACAGCGGUGGAAUCCAGUCCGGCGCACAUCUUGAAAAAUCGUCCGAAAUACCAGCAGACUCCGACCCGCCGUCCGACUACAAAAACAUUCACAACGACAACGACGAGCACGACGACGGAAACGGUACCUGUUGCGACGACGAUACCGGAUAACAGAGCGUACACGACGAGGCAGAAAACGAGACCGGACGAGACGAAGACGACGAGGGCGCAGGGAAGAAUUCGCCGACCGGCGAAGAAACGCACGACGUCGACGACGGAAUCCGGCCUCGAGGCGAACAACGAAUUGCCGCUGGACGAGAAUUAUCCUCGAAUAACGCCGCAACAGCUGCCGGUGACGGCGGCGGGACAACAGCCUCUCUACGACGACAAUUUCGACGUGACGCCGCAAUUCGCGCUGAAUCGGAAUCGACCGGCGCAGUUCUACGAGGAGAGUGGCGAAAACUAUCCUCAGGAGUUUCUUUUAAACUUCGGCAAUCUGCCGGAGCAGUCGCGACGGGAGGAGUACGAUCAGACUCAGUUGGCCAGUAUUCACACGAAGAAGUACAGUAAUUCAGGUCACGUGAGCUCGGAUGCGAGCUCCGCCGGUGACAUUUACGGCGCCGAGAGCCAGUGGUCCACGAAGUUGUCGAAAACGUCGUUCCAGCCGAGCUUCGCAGCCUCGAAUCGCGUGGCCGACGAGACGAGGCAGAACCGAAAUAGGAUCCAUAACGAUCAGACGAGCGAGAAUGCGCCUGAGAUCAUCACAGCUGGACCGGAAGUGCCGUCGGUGACAAUGAUCGUUUCUGCCGAUUAUCAGAAACGCCUGAAUAAUGCUGACGAAGUGAUGGAUGCUUUCGGAAAGAAGACGAAUGCGCAGGAUCACACGGAGAAGCUGAACGCUACAACGGCGGUGACAAGUUCGCCGACGUCAUCAGAGACACGAAACUGGAUGGGUAGAGAAGAGAAUUUUACGGAGCAGAUUGAUGAUGCCCCGAAGGUGAAAAUAAUGGCUGACUCGACUGGCAGAAAGACCCGACGGAAAAGAAUCCGCGUGCGAGUAAGACCUCUCCCGAAUGAUUUCGUCAUCGCCGAAUCUCAACAUCACGAUUCUGCGACGAAUAGUCUGCAUCGGGAUGAGUACAAGUACAAUUAUGAAUCAAAGACCACCACCGCUCAGCCGAUUACGACGACCAUCGCCGCGACUACCGGAACUGCCGCAGAAACGACGAAAAAAUCAAUGCUGCAGGACUUCCUGGAGGAGAUGCUGAAGAAGGGCGAGGUCUCCAUCCCGACUCGCGUCUAUUUCGCCACAACGGAGUCGCCGACGACGACGCCGUACAUUGUUUCCGACCACGGCGAGACUGCAACUUUGAAAGAAAACCACAUGUCGAUCGGCACGACGCUGAUACCGAACGCCAGUACGGAACGCGCUGAAAGUGCAACCGGAUCGAGAGACAACUCCCAGGAAGCGACUUCUAAGGAAGCUGCCGCUUUGAUACAGGAAACUGAAGCGCGAAACAAGACAAAAUCGGACGAGAAUUCUCAGGAGGAUCAAAGUGAGCAGAAUAAUUUGGAGGACAUCGAGAUGCUCAAUGAAAGGUACAGCCUGCCGACGAACUAUCCGGAUGGAUCGGGAACGUCGAGGGAAAUUGAGGACGCCAUGGCAGAAAUGACGGGCUUCCCGGUCGCGACGGACGAGAUACGGAAGCUGAGUGCCAUCGAAAAACAGAAGAAGGAGCACAUAAUGACGCUGAGGAGGCAGAAGGUGAAUGCCGGCGGGAGCGAGACGCAUCCGAAGAAUCACAGAGCUAAGUGGAGUGAGGUGAGGUAUCCGCCGUCGGCCUUGGACAAGUCCGCGCCAAGCUCGUACCCCACGACGUCCUUCCCCAGCGUUGUCGCGCGAAACGAGGGCGACGGCAGCGUGAAAACGCUGUCCGCCUACGUGAAGGCCAUCUUCGACAGCAUGAAGAGCGCCGAGCGAGAAGACGGGGUGGAGAUCGCGAAGGUGGUCGAAUCUAAAAGCGAGACUCCCGCGAAUAAUUCCCGAUUCAACGGUGCCGAUUCUUCGGCGCGCGAGGCGAGCACGACGGUGUCCGAGGAGGUGAAUCGAAGAGCCGGCACGACCGUCACCGCCGUGACGCAAGGCGCGAAGGAGAGCGCGACGAGCCGCGAAGAGGCGCGGCAGGGUGAGACGACGACGAAGGAGAGCGUCACGACUCUCGAAACGACCACGCUGAUCCCGGACACGACCGCGAACACGGUCACGCCGUCCGAGGUGACGACAGAGCCGUCCACGACGACGUUCACCGCGAAGACGAUAACGUCGGUGAAACAAACCGCCAGCAAUGUGGCGCAGACGAAUUCCACGAUGCUGGGCAAGGUCCUGCGAACUUCGACCACCACGAAGGUGUCACACAUGACGGAGAUCUGCUACAGAGGCCGAUGCGUGAUGACGAAACCGAAUAUGGAUGAUUUGACGAGAUGAGGGAGGUUUGAUUAUAAUUCGCGACGUGAGAAAUAGGCGAUCAGGUUCUGCGGGAUCAUCCUCGGCACUUUUCUGUCCGGUUCUUUAUCGAAAGUCAGCAGCGAGAAAGGCGAUUGUGAACGGCAACAUUUAUUUUUAUUAAGUAUCUAUCAUUGCUUUUAAUUUAGCGAUGCCCUUUAAUAUCAAUGUACUUAGAUGUAUUGAUUCUUACUUAAUAUAAGAUAAAUAUAGAUUUCUAGAGAAAUUCUGUAGGAAAAACAAGGAGUUAUUCGCCAGACAGAAAAGUGUUAACGCACGCAUCUUUCGAAUCACUCUUUUUGCACAUUGAUCGAGAUAUAUCGUGCUUGCGAAUCGAAUCUCCGAGAAAUUACACAAUGAGAUUCUCGCUCUUUUUCAGAUGGAAAAUUAUUGCAACUUUACGUGCGUUAUUUUAAUCGAAGAGAAAGAUAUUUUUAUAUAUGUAAAAGUGGCAAGUGCCUAAAAUUCCGGCCGAAAUUACGGUUCAGCGCGAUAGCGGAACGGUGAAUUGAUUAUAUCACUAAGUUUGCGCCUCACAGCCUCGCACGUGAGCGUGUAGGGAAUGAUCAAUGUUCUCCAAGCGCCUUCAUUUCGAGAGGAUAUUUUAUCGUUGCGAGAUAAGGCAUCGCUCAAGAUGUCGCGACAAAUUAUGUAUGUCGGGAGUUUAAAGGCGAAAUACCAGCGUGAUAUCGGCCGUGAGAAAGGGACAUCUUCUCUACGGGGAAGGAAAUUCCGCGUCGUCGGCGGCAAAUCGAUCGUCCGUCGCGACGUGUGCUUAUAAAAAGGACCCCGAGCGUGCACAGCCGGCGUCUUUCCGGCGAGAUCGAAGCGCGAUGGUUCGACUGGCGUUCUCCGCCAGCGCGGGCGACCACUUUGUGUAACGCUUUAGCAGUUAAGUCUAUUUAAUUUAAUUACAUAUCUGUGUCGUGUACGUGUAAGUUAAAGCGUGUAAGUAUUUUAAUAAAGUCGCGAGAACG